AUGUUAGAAUAUACAACAACACGACCUGGUUAUAAUCAUUAUACAAAAGGACUAUUAUUUGAAGUAGCUAAAUACAUUUAUCAAUUACAUUUAAUUAUUAAAAUCAAUUCAGAAUCAAAUGAAGGUUCAUUAUAUCGAACUGUAUUUACAUUAGAAUUAUUUAUUGGUGAAAGUUUUAAAGAAGAUGAGAUUUGUAUGAUAAAGACUGGAUUAGAUACAAUGAAUAUGUUACCAAAAAUUUCAAAUAAAAAAUUUUUUGGAUUAUUACCAUUCCAUUUGUUAAUUGAUAAAAAUCUUAUCAUACAUAGUGCUGGACAACGAUUAUUAGAAUUUCAGCCAACUUUAAUUAAUACUAAGUUUCAAGAAAAUUUCGUCAUCAUGUUACCAAUUGUGAAACCAUUAUUUGAACGGAUUAUGAUGUUUUCCUCUUCCACGUUCAAAGUUGGGCUAAAGAUUAAUAGAAAAUCGAAUGAAAGUCAAAAAUCAAUGUUAUAUAUUAAGGGUCAAAUGAUUUAUGUAAAAGAAUGGUCAAUGUUACUUUUUAUAGGGAAACCAAAUUUUUCAGAAAUUAAAUCUUUUAUCGACUUUGGACUAGAUUUACAAGACAUUAACUUAUAUGAUAUUAAAGUUGAAAAAAUGAUCUCAGGUGAUACAGUACCCAAAAAUCUUUUAGUUUUAUUAGAAAAACAAAAAAGAAAAAGUAAGGAGUUAUCAAAAAUAGCCAGAAAACUCAAUGAACAACGAAGAAAAACCUAUCAACUGCUGGAACAAUGUUUACCUAAAGAAGUUGCACAACAAAUAAGUCAAGGAAAACAUUCUUCAGAAACAAUGAAGGCAUACAAUUCAGUGACAAUAUGCUUCACUAAAGUGGUUAAUUUUUCUAAUUAUUCUAGUCGAAUGUGUCCACAUAAAAUUGUCGAUAUAUUAAAUCAAAUGUACACACUUUAUGAUUCAAUGACUGAAUCACAUAAUGUUUAUAAGAUUGAAACAAUUAGUGAUAGUUAUAUGCUAGUAUCCGGUGCUCCAAGUCCAUCAUCCUUUCAUUCAGCUCAUAUAAUUGAAAUGGCAUUAGAUAUUCUGGAAGUUACAAAACGACAUCUAUUUUGGCCUAGUGAAGCUUUUUUGGAUAAUUCAACAGGAACUCAAGAUGAACAAAAUAUACCACUACAAUUAUACAUUGGUUGUCAUACUGGUUCGAUUGUUGCUGGAAUUGUUGGAUUUAAAUCACCAAGAUAUUGUUUGUUUGGUGAUACAGUAAAUACUGCAAAUAGAAUGAUGAGUACUGGACUCCCAGAUACAGUUCAUAUUAGUUCGGACUUGGCGAAGAACCUUUCUGAAUAUCCUUAUAUUCUGGAAUAUCGAGGUGAACAAACAAUCAAAGGUAAAGGAAAAAUGACCACUUAUUUCGUAAAAAACCGUAAAGAAAACUUUACCAUGACUGAUACAACAACUGGAGAAAAGUUAAACUUCCGAAAAUUAUUAAAAGAAGAUAUUGACAAUCAUUGUAGACAAAUUGAUGAACUAAACUCUUUUAAUUCAGAAGUUUAUGGUUAUGAUAAUGGAGAUGAAUCGAGUUCGACUACGUCUUCUGAGGAUUUAACAGAUAUAGAAGAAAUUCAAAAUACUGAUAAAAAUGAAGAAAUACUUGACACUAUACCUAUUCAAAAUAAUAUCACCACUCAACUUUGUUUCACCAAUAAUCAAAAUGAACGUGAAUUACAGUUGGAAGAAAUGGAUUAUUUGGAAUCCAAAGAAAAUUUAACAAAAUCCAAAUCAGUAGAACAAAACAAUUCGAAAUAUACAAACAAACUAAUGAAUGAAGACGAACAUGUAGAUUUAAUGAAGAAUUUUAAAUCGUCUAAAUCGGUGAUAUUUGAAGAUAUUGUAAACCCAUUAACAUUAGGAUUAACAGAAAUCGGUAUUGUUCAACCUGAAAAUCCACUUCAAUAUCUAGGCAACUGGUUGUGCAAAUUUUCACAAAAGUCUAUCAGUGAAGACUCAUGAAAGUGUUAAAAGUGGG